AUUUCCACAACCAAAAAAGUGAAACACACACACACAAACUUUUUCAAUUAAAAAAAAAAGCCAGAAAUAACGUUUGAAAUAAAAUGGUUUCAUCAAUAACAUCAAUUUCCUUGAAGAUUCUGUUAAUUUCGACCGGAGUUGUAUCUCUAGCCAUGGUCAUGAAUUCCUUGUUACCAUCAAUACUAAAUUUCGCAAUAAACGACAUACCUGUUGUAUGGUUUGUUAUACUUUCGUGGCUUAAACCACCAUAUCUUUAUGUAGUUAUAAACGGUAUUAUCAUCACUAUCGCGGCUUCUUCUCGUUUCCAUCAUCAUUACUACAACAACACUAGUAGUAACGAUCAUGAUCAUCAAUAUUCUCAUCAUGAGGCGGUGCCUAUUAUAGUAGCAUCUAAUAAUAAUAAUAUUGAUGUAACAAACUCUAAUAAUAUUAUGAUUCCGCCACAAGAUUUGUUACAACCUGUUUUGGUUCAUCAUCAUGAGGUGCCUGCUGGAUUUGAUGAUGGAAAGGAUAAGGAGGAAUUAUUGGUGUAUUUUGAUCAUGAGAUUGAACAACUUCCGGUUGUUGAUGUUGAGACGGUUUUGGAGAAGGAUUGUAAUAUUGAUGAGGUUGGUGCAAAUGAUCAAUCCGAUGAUAAAUUUGUGAUUUCUACGGAUUGGAAUAUUGCAACGCAACGGCUUAUCUCUCCACCAGCGGAACUAAAUCAAAAAGAGUUUAUUUCGCUGGUGAGAGAAAAGCCGCUUGUUAGCUCUAGAUUUGCUAAUCAAAGGAGAACUAAUACGAAAAUCAACCCCGAAGGUGUGAGAUCGCUAAGAGUAGCGAAGCCAAAGAAACACGAGACAUUGGAAAGUACAUGGAAGGCAAUAACCGAUGGUCGUCACAUGCCACUCAAUCGACACCUCAAGAAAUCGGACACGUUCGAUAACGACAACCAUCAUCAUCAUCAUCGUUCUCCAAGAUCUCAUCAUCAUCCCGAAGAACAACUACCAAUAGUUCCCGUGGACAACGUGAUGGAUAAUAAUAAUAAUAAUAAUAAUAAUAAUAAUAAUAAUAAUAAUAAUAAUAAUAAUAAUAAUAAUAAUAAUAAUAAUAAUAAUAAUAAUAAUAAUAAUAAUAAUAAUAAUAAUGUAGUAAUGAAAACGUCACAUACAUUCACUGACCGAACCGACUACCAAAACCAUCGGGUGCUUUCAUCAAAAACCGCGUUGAGAAAGGAAGGAUCGUUGAGUCAUGACGAUUUGAAUCGUCGAGUUGAAGCUUUCAUUAAAAAGUUCAACGACGACAUGAGAUUACAAAGAGAAGAGUCACUUAAGCGAUACAUGGACAUGAUCAAUCGAGGGGCAGAGUAAUUAAGAACAGAACAAAAAAGAAGAAAAAAAAAACAGUUUAUUCUAGAAAGUUUGAUGUUAAUUUUUUUAUUUAAUUGCUAAAAAACAAAACAUUUUUUGGAGGUUUGAUGGAUAGUUUGUCAUUUUCUAGUUCAAAUUGGACUUAUGUUAAUUUCAUUCAUUUUGUAUAAAGUAAAGAUUGUGAAUAUAUAUAUAUUGGUUUGAUAUA